UCACACCAUGGCCACUGUCCAUGGGUAGGCUGCUGCCGCGUCGCCCUGGUUGAGGUACACGUUGUAGUUAGCAUUGGGCUGGGGGGACUCGGUGGUGUAGAGGGUGGCCGUGGAGUAGAGGUGCAUGGAUAUCAGCUGGAUGUAGAAUAUACCCCCUCGGAACCCACUUGACGUGUGCGUCCUACCUUCUCGAUGCUGUGUGCGGAGUCACGAGGAAAAUAAGCCAAGAGAUAUAAAAUGUAGGCAACGAUCCUGAGACCUGACAUCGACACAAACGAUCCCGAGCGCGUCUCUCCUUGAUACUCCGAUAAUCUGCUGGUACGAGGCCACCCGUCCCUUGCUCCCCGGCCGCUUUUGGUGGUAUCUUGGGCUUCAGAUCGCACCCUGCUGCUCACUCACUCACCGCUUCGCGCGCCCGUCGCCACUAUCACCUCGGCGUCCAUCUCGUAUACCAGCUUCUCGAUGAGGCGAAUGGCCGCCGUCUCGCACUGCUGGAGCUGGCUGUCCAUUACCACCCUCUCCCCCACCCCCACAGUGCCCACACCCCGAGUCCUUGUCAGCCACUGUGUUGGCACGAGGGUGUUGUCCAUGUCGAGGAUUGCGAGAAACUCCCUCUCCUUGCCCACCCCGGGCUUGACGCCGUAUGGGAGCCGGGGCACUUUGCCAGCCUCCCUCUUCCUCGCCACCUGCUCGCCGUCCCUGCCCCUCUUCUUGGCGUUCACCGGCAGAUCAUCCCGCAACAUGCCGUCCCGACUGGACGCUUGUCCUUUGGCGGCGGCGGCUGCUGCAGCGGGGAAGACGAUGGCGUCGUCUCUUGGGUGGCCGCGCUGAGCGGUCCUGGGCUUGUGAGGGUUGCGAUCCUGGUGUCUCUCGUUGGACUUCAGAGACGGGAAGAAGAAGAGGGCACGAGACUGUCUUGUCGGCACAGUGGAGGCAGGGCACUGGCACGGUGGCCACUAGCAGGUCCCGCCUUGCCCUGGAAGAGACAACACAUAAAGAUGCAGGUGGAGAAUAGCAUGUGCAUAUGCAUGCGCUGAGCUUAGAUGGAGAGACCCGGGUUUGUCUGUACAUGCAGACCUACCUUGUGUGUACAUGCAGACCCUCCCUCUCCCAUCAUCUUCAACUUGAUCCCGAGCGCCAACCGCUUCCACCCCUCCAUGGCCCUGACGCGCCUCGCCUUGAUCCUCUGACGGUCUGCUGGCACGAGGCCGCCCGUUCCUUCCUCCCCCGUGGUUUUUGACGGUGCCUUGGACUUCAGAUUGGCACCCCGACCGUGUCUGUCCCUCUCCUCUUGGCGUCUCCUCCCGGCGCCAGGCGGCUCGUGCAGUCUGCCGCUCUCGUCACGCCAGACGUGUGGGCUGGGGUAGGUCGGCAAAAGGAGAAGUUGGCAGCGGUGACAUCAUCAAUCGACCACAGAGCUCUUUCGCCCACCAGCAGGCCGGAAUUGUCAU